UUUGCAUUUCAUUGGAUAACCUGUUUUGGCGUGGGUAUAUCCCACCUCAUGUAGCAUCGAAUCAUGGAAUUAGAAUCGCGGUACGCGAGUACUGAUUCCGUUCACCGCUAAAUUUAUUAUUUGUUAUUUGGCUUCGGUAAAUGUGCAUUUUUUUACACGAACUGAGAUUCUAGAAGCAGUGAAAUGGCCCAGGUACGCUACACGCGGAAUCUCUUUCUCAGAGGGAUGUGUAUAAUUUAUCUCUUCGCGUUCCUGAGCUACUAUAUCCAAAUUCCUGGAUUGUAUGGAGAAAAUGGAGUUCUACCUGCUAGAGCAAAAUUGGAUUUAACAAGCAAAGCGCCUUUAUCUCAACAGCUAAGACAGAAACCAACAUUAUUAUGGUUUGCACCAUACAUUGGUCUGAACAUUGAUUACAUGCUGGACCUACUUUCUUUGUCUGGAAUCAUCCUUUCAUUCAUAGGAUUCGUUUCACAAAGAGUUUGCAUUGCUCCUGUAUUUGCAGUACUGUGGGCUCUCUAUUAUUCGUUGUAUCAAGUUGGUCAAACUUUUAUGUGGUUUCAAUGGGAUAUCCUUUUAUUGGAAGCUGGAUUCUUGUGCACUAUUAUUGCUCCAUUUUGGUACACACAACGCAGAAAGUCCGGUACACCCAGUGACUCAAUCACGUUUUGGACAGUUCGUUGGUUGCUUUUCCGUUUGAUGUUUUCUAGCGGAGUCGUAAAACUUACGUCCGGAUGUCCAACUUGGUGGAAAUUGGAUGCUCUGAAUAUCCAUUUCGAAAGUCAAUGUAUCCCUACUCCAUUGGCUUGGUACGCUCACCAUUUGCCAACUUGGUACCUUCGUUUAAGUACAGUAGUAGCAAUCGUAUUUGAACUUGUUAUUCCUUUUCUGUUUUUCUUUCCAAAUAGAAAAGUACGGAUUACGGCCUUUUAUCUUCAGGUAUUCCUCCAAUUGCAUAUUAUUGCAACAGGCAAUUAUAAUUUCUUUAAUUUGUUAACAAUUUGCUUAUCCAUUUCUCUGCUGGAUGACCAAUUCUUUUAUAAGAAGAAGCUUAAGAGCAGUGGCACACAGAUUUUAGAUUAUCUGUCCACUGCAGUCUGUGUUUUAGUCUAUGCUGGUGUUAUUUAUGGAACGUACGUCUAUUACAAGCUUCGAAUUUUAGACAAUUGGACCAUUGAAUCCGAAAUCGCAUUUACCGAAGAACAAUUUGACUAUGUUCUUUCACGCGUGAUACCUAUUUCAGUUUACAUUGCCUUAGUAUCCUUGGGUUUCACUGUAGCCGAUGCUGUAACUAAUUCCAUUUUAACUAUAAAAGGUAUUCAAAAUAAAAUCUUGACCACGCUAACAACAAUUUUUUAUACAGCAAUCGUGGUUUUUCUCUUUGCAAUUAGCAUUGUUCCUUAUUCUACUCUGCAUUCAUCUCAUAACGCGACUGUACCGAAUCAAAUUAGACAGCUCCAUGCCAAAGUAGAUUAUCUUCACUUGGUUGGUAGUUAUGGAUUAUUCCGUCGUAUGACAGGAGUUGGUGGUAGACCAGAAGUUAUAAUUGAAGGAAGUAACAAUAUUGAUGGCCCAUGGAAAGAAUAUGAAUUCCUAUAUAAACCAGGAAACGUCAAUAAUUCUUUACCAUUUGUUGCACCUCAUCAGCCUAGACUCGAUUGGCAAAUGUGGUUUGCAGCUUUAGGAACUUAUCAUCAGAAUCCAUGGCUUAUGUCUUUGGCCUAUCGUUUGUUAAAUGGACAACCGGAAGUCCUAUCGCUUCUCAAUAACGCUCAGAAUCCAUUCCGUGACGGUCCACCGAAAUACGUGAAAGCCAGCUUAUAUCAUUAUCGCUAUACUCCAUGGAGUAAAUCGAACGGACAAGCCUGGUGGACAAGGGAAAAGGUAACCGAGUAUUUCCCGGUGUUCAGUCGCGACCAUCCGCCGCUGAUCGACUAUCUGACGAAGAUGAAGAUCAUUCAGGAGAAGCCUAUGGUGAAAGUGACCAAUAAACCUUUGAAGAUUGUUCUGGAUAGUAUCAGAUCUUUAAUUAUUAGAUUCGAAGCUAGUUUAUUGUUGUGGGGCAUUUUCACUGCUGGCUGUGCAAUAAUAAUUGACCAUCUAUAACAAUUCGGCUCCAAAGCGAAAGUAGAUUGUAGAGGUAAAUGUGAGUGAAAUGUUAUGAGAUGUAUUAUAAUUGAAAUGUAUCAAAAAGCUGUUGCAAGGUCUGAAUGAAUCAAUGUACUUCUAUAGGCACGUAGGUUAGAGUUGCUGGAAAUCUGUCAGAUUGCACGCGACUAUUUUAAAGACAAUUCAUUUUUGAUAUUCUUUGGUCGCACGAGACUUUCUAAAUCAGUUAUUUAGGUUACCUGAUAAUUGAUAAGUAUUUUAAUGAAGUCAUUUUGAUAACAUCACAUUGCGUCAUGAGCGCAUGUAUUAUAAUUAUUAUUUCUAUAAUAUAAUGUAUUUUGAUUUUGACUUUUUAAAAUAACUUUCAAUGUCCACUCGUGGGUUACAAUAUAUAUAUAUAUGUAUACUAAAUAAUAAUUAAAUCUAUGCUCUCUCAUUUUCAAAACGUUUUUCACUAUGAUCAUUCACACAGUGAUUUAUCGAGAAUGAGAUGCAAGGAAUUGAAGUUAUAAAUUAUGUGAGAAUUCAAUGACGUCGUAUAACGUUCUUGGCCUAUGAAACAUUUGGAUUGACUUUGCUUGAAAAAAAUGUACUUUUGCACUAACAACUAUAGAAUAACAGUUUAUUUUGUAAGAUUAUAAUAUUCAACAUGCUGAUUUUCUGUGUUGGUAAGCAGUAGCUUCUUUGGUGAACAUCUUAUAUUUGUAGGUAACGUAAACUUCUGAGAUUAUGAAGUAUCUGAUUGCAUUUUACCAGUGGUGUAUUGUAUAGCGAUUUAUUAUGUUUUUGUCUAAUAUUUAUGAUUCAAGUGCAUUUAUCAAACUUGUCGAAUAGUUUUACGUGAAACAGAACAAAAUUUAACGAAAGCAUGUUCAGAGGAAUUGCUGGCAACUGCGAGCUAAUUUUUUACAAAUCGAAAUCUCUUCUCAGUUGUAAGAUACAAAUAAAAAUGCUUGUAUCAAAUCAA